AUGAAAACCAAAAUUUUCAUCUUCGUGUUCUUUCUUUGUGCACUAAUUAUUAACUCUUCCAAAGAUAUUGGUGCAACUAAAGAAUUCAAACCAAAAAUUGAGAUACGUGAACGGGCAGUCUAUACCGGUGGCUGGACCAACAAGAUACAACGUGGAGGAUAUGGGAAGGAUGUUGCAGGAGGAAAAAAAGUUGGAUCGAUCUCAGGUGGAUCAAUCCCGGGAGGAGGUGCACAAGGUGUUGGUGAACAAAAUGGAGGUGGAAAAGACAAAGGAAGUAAACCUGAAGGAAGAGGAAUAAAUUAA